AUGGCAUGCCGCGACUGCCCCAUCGUGCUUCCAAAAAUAUUGGAUUGCAACGAAUCACUCGACGACGGAAUUCUCCGCUUGGCAGGACUGUCACCCUAUAUCCGAAUGGAAGACCUAGGGAACGGCUCAAUGCGGCUCGAUGGACCCAUGGUGAUCUUCAUUGAAGCUAUCGCUCGCUUCAUGAAAGCUAAACCCGUGAUCGUGAAUGGAGUUGGCUCAGUCUACGGAGGCAAAGGAGAAGACGGGAUGUACGAUGGUGUUUUGGGAUUGCUGCAGAGAGGGAGAGCCGAGAUGUUAUGCGCUCCUUCGAUACCGACCCCGGAUCGAGUGAUUGACUUCGACUACAACGCGCAUUUCACAUCACAAGGCAUUCGACUCCUGACCCGGAAGCCUGAUUCAUACGUCGAUCCAUGGGGUUUUGUGAAGGUCUUCAAACCUGCGGUUUGGUGCUACCUCGCUCUGACGCUGGUGCUUCUCUCAGCAUGUACCGCCAUCCUCCAUUGGAUGGAUUCGCUGGUUUCUUUCCAUGAGGCCGACAAGAAGAGACGAGGCUUCGCAGGCUACAUCUGGUUCUGGUACGCGCGUUUCUUCCCAAUGCCCGAAGUUUCACCUCCACGCCAAUGGCUCCGCUGGUGUGCGGUAUCUUUCAUGCUCCCCACGAGCCUCUUUUUGGUCAGUUCGCUGGAAGCGGAUCUCAAAAGCAGCUUGGUAUUCAAGACGGAGCAGGACUACGUCAACAGCUAUGAGGACUUGUUGCGCUUCAAAAACGUCAAAAUAUUUGCCGAGAAGGGCAAUCUGCUAUACGCGAUGUUCACUCGUAGCGAUCAUCCUGUCCUGAAGAAAUUGGCUCCAAGACUCGAAGCGCGCGACGGCUUCCUCUCACUGAGUCCAGGCUUCGAGAAGAUCCUCGACGAAAUCAUCGAUGGUGAAGGCGUUCUUGUCGCGUCCGAUGAAAUGGCUAUGGGUGCCAUUGUGAAAUUGAUGCGUCAGACAGGGACGUGCCCGAGAAUUCAAAUCAGCCACGGUGCCGCUAUGCACCUGUCGGGCUAUCUGGCGCUUGCGAAACACAUGUCUUGGGAGAUUCGAGAGAAGAUACAGCACGUACGCUUGUGGAUAGGCGAAUCGUAUAUCUUCCAUCAGAACAUCAAGUGGAGAUUGGAACCUUAUUACCGAUGCAGCUCCAAGACACUUGAUGUCACCCUUGAGCCAUUGGCCGCGGAGAACCUCGAAGGUGUGGGAUAUUUUUACGCAAUCGGGAUCGCUGUCUCUACCCUCGGUUUCGUCUACGAGACGAUUGAGGCUCGGAGGAAUCGAUACAGUCGGAGGAUUAUUUUCCGCGCCUAG